CCACGCCCCCCGCUGCUGCGUCACACUGGCGUGCUGACGUGGGUCACUGCGCUGCGGUGACGCUCGUUAGCGGCACGUCAGGCUAACAGCUGGCUAGCAGCUAGCUGCAGGUUAGCAUCGGGAACAACAUGGCGGAGCCCACGGUCCGUGUUUCCGGGAUCGUUCUUUCUUCUCUGAUGUUUCAGCAUCUGAACAGUGACGCGGACUCGGAGGGUCUGGUCCUGGGACAGAGCAGCUUCGAGGAGCAGGUGACCAUCAGUGACUCUCAGGCUGAUCACAUCCACAUCGAGGAGAUCUACAAUAUUCAGAAGCACGUCAGCUGUCACAGCCCGAACAGUUUUUACAACAGUGUGGGAGACGUGAACAUGGAGACGCUGCACAAAGUCCUUGCAGACAACAAGCAGGAGAGCGUGAUUGGCUGGUACAGACAGCGACGGAACACAGAUCAGAGGAUGACGUUCAGGGAAAAGAUCGUCCACGAGAACCUGAAGACGUCUCUGUCCAACCCUCACAUGGUGUUUGUGCUGCUGACGCCCAGUAAACUGACGUCUCCGGGGUCGACUCACAGGACGGAGUACGCUGCCUUCAUCUCCCGCAGCAGGACGUUCCUCAACAUUCCCGUCCACGUCACUAACCUGGGUUUACUGGAGCAACUGGCGUACUGGAAGGUGCCAACUUCCUGUUCAGCAGCAGGUUAUAACCUCACCAUGAAGAAACACGGGUACGACCUUGAACGUAGAUGCACACCUACAUCACGUCCACAUCACGUCUACAUCACGUCCACAUCACGUCUACUUCACGUACACAUCACGUCCAC